CCCCCUCCAUCUCCGUAAGAAAAAAGGCUCUCGUUUCGCCGUCGAGAUACUCGGCGAAUUUAAUUUAAUUCCCCUAGUUCUUAUUUAUAUAUAUAUUUACUAAUUAUCAUCAUCAUCUAAUUUUGUAACCAACCUUCCGUUUACAGAUUAUAAUUCCUCUUUCGCUGGUUUGAUGCGUUCAUAACCAUCCGAUCUAACGCGUGAUCCGUGUUAAAGGAAUAUAAAUUAUUUAUCAUAUAUCCCUAACUAACUAACAACAGGUAGAGUUAUUGUUAUCGGUGAUUGAUACGGUGAUCGGUUUGAUUUUAUCGAGUGAAAUUCAGGUGCUUUGCAUCAAUUUGUGAUGUCGGGUCCGUUGGAUCGAUUCGCCAGACCUUGUUUUGAGGGGUUUUACAGUAGUGAUGAGCGGAGAGAGAGGAAAUCUGAUUUUGAGAACUCUGAGGACGAGAGGAGAACUAGAAUUGGGUCGUUAAAAAAGAAAGCGCUUAAUGCAUCUACUAAAUUCAAGCAUUCUCUGAAGAAGAAGAGUAGGAGAAAGGGUGAUGGAAGAGUUAGCUCUGUUUCAAUAGAGGAUGUUCGAGAUGUUGAGGAAUUACAGGCUGUUGAUCGAUUUCGACAGACUUUGGUGAUGGAUGAGUUAUUGCCAGAAAGACAUGAUGACUAUCAUAUGAUGUUAAGGUUCUUGAAAGCAAGGAAAUUUGACAAUGAAAAAGCUAAGCACAUGUGGGCUGAUAUGCUUCAAUGGAGAAACGAAUUUGGUACUGAUACCAUUAUGGAGGAUUUUGAAUUUAAAGAGUUGGAUGAAGUUUUGAAGUAUUACCCUCAUGGUAAUCAUGGUGUGGAUAAAGAGGGGAGACCUGUUUAUAUAGAAAGGUUGGGAAAAGUUGAUCCUAACAAACUUAUGAAUGUUACAACCAUGGACCGGUAUGUGAGAUACCAUGUGCGGGAGUUUGAGAAAAGUUUCGCAAUAAAGUUUCCAGCUUGUACUAUUGCUGCCAAGAGGCAUAUAGAUUCAAGCACAACUAUUUUAGAUGUUCAAGCCGUGGGCAUUAAGAACUUUAACAAGUCAGCAAGGGAUCUCAUUACGCGGCUUCAGAAGAUUGACGGUGACAAUUACCCUGAGACACUCCAUCAAAUGUUCAUCAUCAAUGCUGGUCCUGGAUUUAGGCUUUUGUGGAACACUGUAAAGACUUUUCUAGAUCCUAAAACUACAUCAAAGAUUCAUGUUCUCGGGAACAAGUACCAGACCAAAUUGCUUGAGAUAAUUGAUGCCAGUGAAUUGCCGGAAUUUCUGGGUGGUACGUGCACAUGUGCUGAUCAGGGGGGUUGCCUUCGGUCUGAUAAGGGACCAUGGAAAAACCCAGAAAUAUUGAAGAUGGUUCUUAACGGUGAACCACGCCGAGGCAGGCAGGUUGUAAAAGUUUUAAACAGCGAAGGCAAGGUUAUUGCUUAUGCUAAGCCACAGUAUCCAAUGUUCAAAGGCAGUGAUACAUCCACUGCAGAGUCAGGAUCUGAAGCUGAAGAUGUCACUUCCCCUAAAGCACUGAAAAGUUAUUCCCAUCUUCGACUUACACCUGUUCGUGAAGAAGCUAAGGUAGUCGGAAAGGCAGGAUAUGGUGUUAGCUUCUCAGGGUAUGAUGAAUACGUUCCCAUGGUUGACAAAGUUGUUGAUGCUGAAUGGAAAAAGCAAGCAUCCAUCCAGAGGCCUUCUGUUUCCAAAGCUACAAGCCCCCAGCCCAACACUGGAAAGACUCCAGAAGGGGUUCAUGUUCGAAUUUUUGUAGCUGUUGUGGCUUUCUUCAUGACACUUCUUACUCUAUUCCGCUCACUGGCAUCCCAAGUAACCAAAAGGCUUCCCCACACCUUGUCUGAUUGUGACCAGAGUUCUCCUGAACCUGCUCUUGAUGCACGUCAAAAAGAGGAGUGCCUUCCCUCUUCACCAACUUCUGCUUUUACUGAGGCUGACCUUCUCUCCUCUGUACUGAAAAGGCUUGGUGAGCUUGAGGAGAAAGUUGAUACACUUCAAGCAAAGCCGUCAGUGAUGCCUUACGAGAAAGAGGAAUUGCUGAAUGCUGCUGUUUGUCGCGUGGAUGCGUUGGAAGCAGAGCUGAUUGCUACUAAAAAGGCUUUAUAUGAAGCUUUAAUGAGGCAGGAAGAGCUGCUUGCUUACAUAGACAGUCAAGAAGAAGCCAAGUUCCGCCGGAAAAAGAAGUUCUGCUGGUAAAAGCGUUUUUGCCAAGUUAGAGACUAUGAUGGCGCUCUUAUCCGGUACUCGUAGAUGUGGUUUCUAGACGAGCGUGAUACAGAGUGUAUGACAUGCGAUCACUGAUGUUGUCUUUGCUGGGACACAACACUUUCUCAAUUAAUGUAAUUUUCUGUCACUUUGGGAAGAACACAGACCUUGUGUUGCAUGAGCAUAUCUUGUUUGGGAUGGUCAUUGACUACAGCGAAUUUGGUAAACACACUUUAUCUCCAAAGACAAUACAAAUUUGUAUUUAGAUAUU